CGCGAACCUACCAACCUACCUCCCUUAUCGCCUGCCCUGCGCUCAGUCCGCGCUAGUCCGUCGUUCGUAUUGAUCGGCUGGACAAAGGAAACUGACCACCGGUUUAGAUUCACAAGAAACUAUUCCUUACUAACUGUUCGUCCUGUGCGGUAUGUGCCCCUAACGUGUAAUUAAUCGGAAAUAAAUCGCAGUGUCGACGCGCGAAAAAAUUCGUAUUAUCGCCGGUUGCAGCGCGUGCGUUUAAAGUUUUCGUUGCCCCCCCGUUCGGUUCGGCUGUUCUGUGUGUGCAUUCGUCAAAACUUUGCGGCAACUUUAUAUUUGUUUCAGAGAAAACUUUUCACUUUAUGACUUUUUCGAACUGCGCACUCAAUCGGACAGUUUUCAUUGGCGUACGACCACGUGCCUCAUUGUUGUGAUAUUUGUAACGAUGUCGGCGAAGGCUACCAAACGGCCUUUGCGAUCUAUGACCGCCCACGAAAAAUUGGACGCUAUUCGGCGGGUGCACGACGGCGAAAGUAAGGCGUCCGUCGCUCGGGACAUCGGCGUUCCCGAAUCGACGUUGAGAGGUUGGUGCAAAAACGAGGAUAAAAUCUCCUAUUUAUCGAGGCAAUCCAGCCCGGAGACCGACGAAUCCUUGGACUAUCCGUCGCAGAUAUCGAAAAAAAUCAAAAUCAUCGACGACGUCCAGCAUCCGGAGCCGUUCAAUUUGAGUAUGAAAACGACGCCGAAUAAUUGCUCGUCGUACGAAGACUCCAAUAAGUUGCCCUUACCAUCUGCCGCUAAUACCGAUUCUUCGACGCCGAAAUCAAUCAACUCGCUCUCGGAAAGAGAAAGGAACAGGGCCGAAUUGGCGAGAUUGAGCGUCGAAUUGGGCCUCAACAGGCCCGAGAGAUUCCUACCUAAUUUAACCAAUUCAUUGAGCUUAACUGAUUUUAGUACAAAUAUAUCUCUAUUGGCGCAAUGGAACGCGCUGUUGGCUCAACAACAACAGCUCAAAGCGUUGCAAACGAACAACAAAUCCACCAAACACACCGAGGUGUCCUCGUCCAAUUCAGUAUUAUCUUCCAUUGAGCAAGCUCAACUCCAAGAGCAAUCUCAACUCAAUCUACCGAAAAUGCAGGAAUCCGUAUGGUAUUGGUUGAAAUCGCAACAAUCAGUAUUAAACGUCAAUCCCGCGAUACCAACGACCUCGUCCACUUCGAACGGUGUAUCGUCAAAUCCUCUGCCUUCCAGCAGCACCAUCACCCCCACGGACCAGAGUUCGUGGUUCUGGAAAUGGUACAAACAAAUCGCCUACAAAGAACAAGAAACCAACAACAUCCUCUACCAGCAGCUGACCAAAGAAAUGGCGCAAAAUAAGGAGCAAACCGCGCCGGCGGCGACGUCGCCGCUUCCGGACCUUUUGCACCAGCAGAACGCCGAGAACCUGACGACGGCGAGGGAGCCGGAGGAGGCGCAAAAGGAGAACGACAAAUCAGCCGUGAAAGUUCGAUCGGUUUUGGACAAUUUGCUGUUCAACAACAACAACAACGACAAUUCGACGACGGACAAACGGCAGGCCAUCGACGAAGACGACGGUCUCAGCCAAAGCGAGGCCGUCGAACACGGCGAGAAGUUCCUCAAGUGGCUGGAAUCGUGCAGUGAUCCAUCGGUGACGGCCGUUCAAAUUAUGCAAUUCAAGACGCUUUUAAAUAACGUGAAAACCGGCGCCGACAGGAAAAACAGCGACAACCAGAACAAAGCAAAAGUGAAAAGAAAGUGAAACAAGGCUGUAUUUUAGCUCUAAACCAAAUUAUGUGUUGAUGAAUCGUUAUAAUGCAAAAGUGAAGCCGGUGGGUAAUUCGUAUUAAAUAAACAAACCGCGGAGAUUUUUUUAAAAAUAUUUUGUAUACUCGAGACGAUUGUGCGAAAUCAAAGAGGUAAGCCGCCGAUGCUGUUGUUAAAGGUAUAAUUACUUCAUUGAAAUCUUCCAAAAGUAAUGGUGCGGAAGUAAUUACCAGGAUAAUUUUCAUAGGAAUUAUUUGUUUGUCGUUAAUUCGAAUUCGUCUAGCUCGAGCUAAUAACUAUCAUUCGAUUACAAACAUUAUAAAUAAAGUUAAAAUUUGUACAAAAAAUAGUUGUUGAAAAUUACUUUAAAUAUUAUUUUUCUAUAUACAUCGUUAUUUUGGAACAUUUUUAAUUAAUUCUU